UAAAAAUCCACGGUCGGCGAACUUCACCUCUUGUUUUCGUUGCGUUAUAAAUCCCAAAUACUCGAAUCAUCAACUAUGUGAAUAUUCCCAGCAUCUGCUUGAAAGAUAGAUACUCUCAGCCAGCUAAAAAGCGGAUUUUCUAGAAGAGAAAUUUAAUGUGAUGCCUUAGAGACAAGACUCUGAGAAGAUCUGAGACACCAAAAGAAAAGCCGCUAAGUGUGACCGUUUUCACGAUACAGCCAGCUGAAAUUCUGGAUAGCAACUAUAGUUGUAUAAUCAAGACAGUCCGAGAUAUUGUUCAGUGUCUAUGCGUGGGUUAUUAGACGUCUUUUAGCGUGGWAUUUCUGGGGAUAUUUUUCUGCUUGAACUCAAAUAAAACAAGCAUCUUCAAAGGUUAAAGUUGUUGACGCGAUAUGGACCUUUAGUAACUUAUAGAAAUACGCAAAAAAACGAGUUGAAAUCCUUCUUUAAAGACACUAAACACCCUCCAAAUUAAAUCAAGAUUUUUUGAGACAGUCGUAAAAAAACCCAGAGUACAGUGUGUCAAUCAAACAGCUCCAGAAUGGCCAGCCCUUUACAAAACAAGACAGUUGAGCAAGAAAUCGUAGUUGCCUCUGGAAUGAUCCCACGCAGCCCAAUUGUGUCCAACGGUGGUGGAACAAACCAAGUCCUUCAGACCAAAGGCAAAGAAGACAAGCCUCUUGAACCAGGAGUUACAAUGGUCUAUACUUCAGCACUGAGCAGUAAUUUAAGCCAGCUUGCUGAGCUUGCCGCUAGUCAAGCCCCAAGUCAGACAGGCCAGUUCAUCCCUACCAGCCUACAAUUCCAGCAACAAGCCAAUCCAAAUCCAGGURUUACAGGUGGUGUGAAGUAUGUGGUUCCUGGACAAAACGUCCCUCUUCCAUUGGGACCCCAACAAACGCAAAUACAGAACCAAAAUGCACUAUUCCCAGCAAACAUUCCACCGCCAUUUCAGAAGGGAUCGAUAAUUCAGUUAAAGAGUGGGGAACUUAAGAGAGUGGAAGACUUGAAGACAGAAGACUUUAUUCACAGCGUUAACCUUUGUCCUGAGGUCAAGCUAGAAACUAGUACUGUGAUGACCAUCYGUAAGAAUGACGAAGUCGGGAUGUCGCUAAUUGGAUUCUCUAUCAAUAGUACAAAAGUUCAGGUGACGCUGUCCUGUGCCGUAGAGCAUCCUUUUUUYGUGUGCGACAAGGGAUGGUCAUCGUGUGCGCCUGACAAGUCCCUGCAAACGUUUUCCCUACAGUGUAGCCAAUUAGUUGUUGGUGAUGUUUGUAUAUUCCUYUCUCCAAGUGCCACUUCACAAGCUCYGACCCCAGCUGGAAGACCACAGAUACCAACUACUACUUUAGYUUCACCMGAGCAAGUACAACAGAGCACACUCGUUAAUCAAGCACAACAUCAAGUACAAGUGCAAGCCGAGGAGGCUGCAAAUGCUGCUGGGGUAAUUGUGAAUAUGCUACCUCAAAAACAAACACAGUCAAAUAUUGYAGCCRCACCCACGCCGCCMCAGAUGUCAUCAAAUGCUCAGGCUUCCRGUGUAACCAUGACAACAUCCUCACAGCUGUCGUCAGCUAUACCAGCAGGAAGUACUUUAAUUUAUGAUCCCCAGUUUGGCAUCCUGCGACCACAGUCUUUCCUAAACCAGCAGAUCAUUGGGACCACUAUCGAUGGAAAAACAGUUCCYGUCCAGGGAGGGCUACCUCCAUUCUACCAAACCCUCCCAGCAUCAUUAGUUUCUUCCUUACCUACGCAAACCAUGACACAAAGUCCRAGUGUCCCAGCUGCCGUUGGUAAUGGAUUACUGGUCACUACUGUAGGUAUCAUACCUGGACAACAAGGUAUUAGGAUGGCCCAGCCAGGAAUGAUUUAYGCCAGUCAGCUAUCAGAGAUGGCACACAAACAGGGACACGAAACUAACGAUGGUCAACUUUCAAAUAUAAGUGUCGAACAAAGACCCGAUUCUCAAACAGACGUGGGUCCAUCCGAGGCAAAGAGAGCRAAGACCGACGGCCAGUGAUGACCAAAUUAUCCUGUAAUUAGUUUCAGUUGGUAGUUAUGUUAUUAUAAAUACUAUCUUCCUUGUGUGGCGAGGCAAGUAUUGUCAUGUUAAUAUUUGUGUACAUUACUAUUAAUGAAGUUGUGAGACAAUGAGAUUUUAUCACGUAUUAAUUUACAGUCAACUCUYGUUACAGCAGACACCCUUGGGACCGUCACUUCAUGUCYGUAAUAGUGAGUGUCCGAAAUAGCGAAAAUUAUUUAUGGUCAUUUCUUUGUCAAUAUUUUUGUCCAGGAUAUUUCUCCUGUCUGUAAUAGCAUAGUGUCCACAAUAUUGCGGUGUCCGCAAGGCGAGAGUUGACUGUACUAGCAUUAUUGUCAAAGUGCGACCAUCAUGAAGUUUCAUGUCUYAUUUGCCGACUAGCAUUUCAAUGACUGUCAAUCAAAGAACUGAAAUCUUAAAAAAACGAUCAAACAACAAUUAAACAAUCUUCAGGGAAUGUAGUCUGAAUUAAAGCUUUUAAUUCUCCAAUCCUCUAAAUGUUUUUUUUUGUUCUUCGAUUAACGGUCAUUCAAAUGGAACGAUGAGACAUCAAAUUUCUCGUGUCACACUUCAACAAUAAUACAUCUCUGUACUACUUCUUCAAGAUUGCAUGCAACAUUAUGUUGAACAACACGAUUGUGUUGUCUCGUACAAGUUCACAAUUUGUGAGCAUAUGUGCCAUGUUUCCCAGUCAAAAGGAAUGAACUAGAAUUUGAUGUCUAGGACAUAUUAUUACAAUGCAACUACUGUAACCAGGGCAAAYUAGACCAGUUAGACAAGAGAACCAAUUAAAAUGUAGAAUGAAAACAAUGCAUUCCAACUUUGGGUAGUGGAGCCACUCAGAAACCUAGACUGGUAAUUUGACCCUGUUACGUGUAAACAAGUUGAUAGCCAUUGUCAYUUUCUCKUGGGAAUAAAAAGAUAUCUUGAAAGGCUAUUGUUUACAGCURCUUUCUGAUUGGCUCAACUACCCAAAGUCGGAAUGUAUUGUUUUUAUUCUACAAUUUGAUUGGCUCUCACUUUCUAAGUGGCCCUGGUCAUAGUACUUGCACUGUAAGGGGAAACAUUCGCUCCAUGUGUGAACAGAUUUUGCAUGAUUGUGAAAAACUUAGAGAUGUCAGGGUGGGUAAUACGAGACCCCAAAACUAUUGUAAGUAGGUUGUAGAUAGCUUAUCACUUGCAGGGCUCGAAAUGUGGCCUGCCAAUGGCCAAAUUUCAGGUCUGGCAGGCGAAAAUAAGGAUGCACUGCCAAAUGAAUAAUAAAAUAACAUGCAAAAUUUA